AUGCACUGCUAUAGUGCACUGGUGGUGGCAUAUUCGGCGGUCAUCAGCGCGAUGGAAAAUGCAGCGCAGUGGAAGCUCGCGUUGGCCAUGUUGGCACGGAUGAUGUGCGCCUCAGGAGCGCAGCCAAACGUGGUGAGCUUCAGUGCAGCAAUCAGUGCUUGUGAGAAGUGUGGCCAAUGGAUGUCGGCCACGGAUCUGGUGUCGACCAUGAAGGAUCUGCACGUGCAGCCCAACAUUGUGACCAUCAACGGUGUCAGCGCUGCCUUCGCAAAAGCCGGCAAGUGGCAAAAAGCUCACAACCUGCUCACCGAGGCGGCAGGCUCGAAGUGCGAGACCAAUAUCAUCUCAUACAGCUCGGCGAUCCUCGCUUAUGGGCAGCUUUCUGAGUGGAUGGGGGCCCUCAGCACUUUCGCAGCAUUGGGGCAGCUGCGAUUGAAGCGGAGUCUGUUCUGCGUCAACUCUGCAAUCGCUGCUUGUGGCAAGUCGUGGCAUCAAGCGCUCAAUCUCGCAAGCUUCGCGGAGGAGAGGCCUGAUGUCGUGACCUGCGGUGCGCUGAUGAAUGCCCUGGCAGAGGGAACGGAAUGGGAGUUGGCCUUGACGGUCUUGGCGGAGAUGCACGGCUCCCCCGACUCAGCUUGCUUUUCCGCGGGCUUGGGUGCCUGCGAAAAAGCAGCCUGCUGGAGGGAAGGUUUGCAACUUCUGGAGGACAUGGCUGUCGCCAGGGUUCUGGACGAAAUCGCCUGCACGCUCGGGAUCAGCGUCUGCCACAAAGCCGGUAGAUGGCGCGAUGCUCUUGGCAUCUUUGAGGACCUUGCCAAUCUUCAGGUGCGGCCAAGUGAGGCAAACUACGGUGCUGCAUUGAUGGCUUGUGGAGAAGGUGGUGCCUGGGUAUCGGCCAUCGCCCUGCUUCAAGACAUGAUGCAGAAGAACUUCACGCCCGAUUGCUGGGCAGCAGGGUCAGCCGCCAAUGCAGUUCGGCAAGGGCUCGGCGCUGAAGCUGCCAACGAGCUGCUUGACAAGCUCCGCAGCCGCUGGCAACUGACACACUCCGGAAUGGGUUCUUGGGAGCUGGCCGCCAUGAUCCAGGCCGAGAUGCUGAAGCAAGCUACUGGCAUCAUUGCGGUGGCGAAGCCUGCUGGCAUUCGAACAGAGGAGCUGGUCCAAGGCAGAGUGUGCCUGGUAUCGCGUUUGGAUCAUCCUACGUCUGGCGUGCUGCCCUUGCCCCUGGGCUCCGAGGGUUCUCUUCCUGCACAGUGGCUCCAAGCACAAUUUGCGGCAAGGCUAGUGGACAAGGAGUAUCUUUGCCUCUGCGAGGGUCCAUCUUUGGGCGCUGUGGGCAGCACUGGCAAAAUCGACAGCCCGCUGCAGACAACUGAAGUAGGCCAUCUUGGCCGUCAGUUCAGCCGGACCGUGGUUUCUCAACACGGUAGGCCUGCCUGCACGAAGUUUGAGGUUCUGGAGACGUUCGCCAUCCGCCGUGGCAUGGAAGUCAUGUUCUUGCUGGCAAAGCCACUUACUGGGCGCACCCAUCAGAUUCGAGUUCACUUGGCAAGCAUCGGUCGUCCACUGAUUGGUGACUUGAGCUACGAUGAGUCAGUUCUUCCUGGCUGUCCGCGACUUUUCCUGCACUGUCGACAAAUCCAACUCCGAGAUUUGGAAGGGCAGCCUUUUGUUGCCGAGUGCCCCUUGCCACUUGAUCUCACAAAUGUCCUCGUCCAAUUCAGGCAGCAGCGCAGAGACAAAAGUUGUCGUCGUCCGCUUCAUGUGAUCGAGGUUGGGAUGUUCCCCCUUUCACAAACAUAG